UACACAUUUAAAUAGACCAAUUAGUUAAAUUGUAUGAGUUCAGUUACAAAAACAUUUAUACAAAUCAAAUCUUAUACUUUAUUGUGUGUUUUUCCUAUAACUGGUUUGAAAUUUUCUGUGUGUAGGUUGUGAAUAAUUUCUUUUUUAUAUGGUCAAUAACAUUAGAAUUCUUCAUACCAGACAAUGACAGUUUUAUGACAAACACAGAUAGUAAGAGGAUUUACUGCAAGGAUAAGGAUUAAAUUAAAUCUGGCUCAACAAACUACUAAACACCUGUAUAAAAGGAAAUGAUAUUUUAAACUAUGGAUACUUUUGCUGAUUUGUUCAAAGACAAGCUAUACCGAGGAUGUUUAACAAUGCGAUUGUAAAUUUGUACACAUUGUGAUGAUCAUGGACCUAAUGGCAGUACAACAUGGCCCCAGGGUGAACUGACUUGUGCUCUUGUCUUUGAUGUUAUCUUGAAUUUAUCAUCCUGAUUAUAUAACCAAAUAAAAUCAUAAUGAUUAACGUAGGACAAUCUGUCACUCAGGCGACAAGAAGAGAUGAGGGCACACGCACAACAACUGAGGUAAGCAGCUCCAGUGGCUCGUCAUUUGAUUCAUCGUCUAGUUCUACAGUGACGGGACAGGGAAAUGUUGUCACCCAACCACAUAAUCCUGCUGUAAGACCUGACCAUUCGAGUAAUCCACAAACUAAUGUUACAUCUCAGCAUAAUAAUAUGCCAUCAACUCGCCAUAUCACGACACAUGAUCCGAACUCUGGAAUUUUUACAACUCGGGUUGAGAUACGUCAUGAAGCCAUUCCGGACUUACUUCACUCACAUGUUGUGCCAUCACAGCAGUCUACUCAGGCACCUAUUGUUACUCGACAUGGCCAACAAAUAAGACAAACUCCACCUGCACAUAUUCUCAAUCAACGAGGUCAAGUUCAUGUGCGGCAUCACCCAUCUCGCCAAAUAAGACAACAUCAACAACACAGACGGAGAACAAGGUCGCGAUCUCAUAGUAACAGUGAAGAUGAACCUUGUAAGGCUGGAUGCUUGUCAUGUUUAGCAGCCUCUACAUCUUUUCGAUGGAUUUUAGUAAUUUUAUCAUUAUUAGGAGUAUGUUGUGUUGUGACUGGCAUUGUCCUUGCAGCUCUUCAUGCUGCUGGAAAUAGUUUUCUUUUCUUAGCAAUCAUGUUUAUAGGUUUGGGUGUUCUGUUGGUUGUUGUAGUCGCAGUUGGAUGGAAGUGUACACCGAGAGGUCACGAACCUUUACAUGCAUUGUUUGGUCUUGGCGAUUUUCGUAGGCGAAGAGGUCGAAGAAGACGAAGACGUGGCCAUCAGAGGGGAGAUGAAAGGUGGUAUGGAGGAGUUAUGUACCCUGAAUUUCAGUACCGCAGACCUCCCCCAUCAUACAAUGCAUCAUUACAAGAUUCUUUACAUCAGUUAGCGAUGGCUCAGAGUGCCAUGGACAUGGAAGAAGAUGACAUACCAGCAGAAGACUAUAGUUUACCAAGUUCCAAUCCUCCGUCCUAUAGAUCUCGUGCCAGUACUGUAAGAACUGGUAUACAGAUAACAUUUCCUCCAAAUCGUGAAGGUCUUCCAAAUUCCAGACCACCUACCUACAGGUCACAUGUUAGUACUCAUCCCUCUCGACCUGCACUACCUCAUGACAUGGAAUCUGCAGGAGGUGAUGUUGCCUUUACAGGUCCCGACUAUGAUAUAGCAAACAUUGACGAUGUGAAUAUUUCACGUUCUCACAGUAGACAGCCUUCUGCCAGUGCUAAUCAUGGAGAACCUUUAGAUAAUAUUGUUCAGCAAACAUUACAAACAUUAGAUGAUGCCACAGUAGAGGGACAACGAAGGAGAAAUGGUGACAGUGAUGACGAUUACCCACAAUUCACUGCUUUGUAAUUACAUGCUUAAUGUAUGGAUUAGAAGCAGGGACUGUUGUUAGCUCAUCCAGGUGAUUGUAAGGCUGUCACACUUUCAAAAUUCCAAAGUGAUAUCUUGACUCACCAAAAAAGGAAUUCUUAAAGUACAUCUAAGAAAGUUGUGUGUCGAAAGGCUCCUUAUUCAUGUUAUUGAAAUGAGAGGUUCUCAGAAACAGCUUUAAAGUAAAGCAAUUCAAGUUGUUUCCUAAACUAGAAAGAGUGGAAAGAGAAAGUCGACCAGGUUGUUCAAAACAUAUCACAUACUUUCUAUGCAAAUAUAAACUUUUGGUACAAUUAACAUUGUGAUAUUAUCAUAAUGGCAGCAUUAUAAUUUGAAUACACAAUUCAGUAUUUGUAAAGACUUUCUAAUGUUGUAGUUAGAUUGUUUUAAUUUAAAUAUAUUGCUUUAAAGAUAUCGAUUAAUUUAAGAAACUAAGUAGUAAUUGUGUAGCUGUGCAAUAGCUGGCAAAGUAAUGAAAACAUAUUGACUCAGAGGAAAAUUUUUCCUACAAUUAACUUUAAGAUUUUAGUUUGUUAGUAAGAGGUUAUAAAAAGAGUUAAGUUGUUUCUUGAAGGUGCUUAGUGUUAUUUUAGAGCUUUAAGCCUUGUUUCUUAAGUUAAGCCUUGUUUCUUAAGAAUGAUUUUACUUAUUUUCACAUUGUUGUAAAUGUGAUAAUUAUUUAACGAUAUGGAUCCAAAUAUUUUAUUAUUAUUAGUUUUAAAAGUCAUGUUUUAGCUUUCUUAAAAAGAAAUGACAGAAUGAAUGUGUUUGUAGAAUAAUUUUCAAUGAAAUGUAGAAUUCUAAAAGCAAAUUUUGAAGGCAGUUUUGCUUUGUCAAAGACAAACAAUAUCAAGGUAUUUUAAAUUUCAAUGUUACAUUGCCAUUUUUGCCUUGGAUUAUGUAAUGGUGUUCUAGAUAAAUGAAUAAGUCAUACUUCUAAAUGGUACCAAAGUAAAGAUAAAUUUGUGUAUUUUGAUUGAAGCAGGUGCCCUCUAACGGCUAUUAUUAGCUUCGUUAUUAUUAGAGUUCUCAUCAUCACCAUUGAUUUACAAUAGAGUUCUUUGUUAAGACUUAUUUGCUUAUAGCAGAUACUGUGAUUAACUGUGGAAUAACAUAUCAUGUGUUCAAGUCUUUCAUAACAAGGAUAUUUCUUACAAGUGUUACAUAUCAAUUUUGUUGAAUUAGUUGUUGCCAGAUACAUAGUUUUGUCAUGAUCUUUUAACAAUACCUAUUUAUCAUUGUUCACAUAUUUCACAAAACAUUCCCAUGUUAAAAAUGUAUCAUAUAUUUUUAUGUAUAAAAAGAAGAAUCUAUAGACCUUAGGAAAACAAAUAUUUUACUAUUUUUAUAGGCCCUGUUAUGAAGGAGAUAUUAUGGCAUGUGUUGUUCCUAUAUCUAUGUGUUUGUUUGAGCAUGUUCAACUCAUGAAGGCUUUUCUUGAAUUUUUUAUGAAAUUUUACACAAUGACUGGUUCAAAUAAAACAAGCUUUCAAUUUUUUAGAAUUUAUUUUUUUUUUGUUCCAGAGUAAUUGAAACUGAAAUCUUUAGAAAAUCUACCUUUUAGGGCAUUUUUCAUUGAUAAAUUAAGUUUGCUUUGUUGGGUCUGUAUGAAAUUUUCUUUCUUUAUAGACAAGCUCUCUUUGAUUUUGGCAAAUUUUAGAUAAUUUGUUCUAGAGUUAUGGGACUUUGAUUAUCUGAAUUUGGAGCACUUAAUAUUGGAUCUUUACAAAAAAAAAUACACAGUAUUUGCCUUUAUACAGACAAAAUUCCAUUUCAAAUUAGGCAUUUUUUUCAAAUUGUAUUCCAGCAUGCAGAGUUAUUGGAAUUUAUUUGCCAAAAUAUAGACUUUGUUGUGUCUUAAAGGGGCAUUAGCUGUCAAAUUCAUCCUCAUAGAUUUUACUCAAAUUCUCAUAUUUGAUUUUUAACAUACUAAAACAUAUAUCCAAAUUACAAAGAGUCUAAAAUAAACAAUUAACAAUGCAUGGAAUCAAUAAUAUAUAUCAGCAUUUCGUGUGUAUCUUUGUCUAGACGUCAUCUAAUUAACCAUCGAGAUAUAACCUGAUAUAAACAUAAAUAGAAAUAUAAAACAGAUUUUUCUAGGUCUGUUUGAUUUCAUAUUGUAGGUUAAAAAGUAUGUUUAUCGUCGUUUUUACCUGUGUAAGGAUGAUUUUUUGUGGAUCGAAUCAGUCAACCAAAUGAUUCAUCCUUAGUUUCACUUUCAAUGUUGACAUUCUUUUCCUUUUAAUAGCUGAAUACAUGCGUAACCCAUCUCAAUUUAAGGGGUUAAAUUAAAUGUCACAUGAAUACGGAUUCAUUGGGGUUGAAUUAUUCACUUGCAAGUGAAUAAUUCAUCAGUGAUGUUUCUUAUUCUUAUUUUGUCAAAAUUGAACCAAAUUGGCUGCUAAAAGUGAAUUAAUAUUUCACUGUAUCACUUUCAUUGAUGAUUGAACAAAAAAAAAUCAUAUUUUAAUUUUUUUUAUAUCUCGUAGGUAAUGCCCCGUUAAGCAAACGUCAGUGUUAUUUCACCUUAUCAUAUAAAAUUUUAUACAGUCUUACUAGAUUUAUAGACUUGAAUGGUCAAAAAUAAGGAGGACAGGCAUAUCAUGUUCUCCUGUUGUAGCUGUUGGUUGUUUUAACAUAAAUUAUAUACACUUUUACUUGACAAAUUUUGUUUAAUUUUAAAAGAAAAUUUUUAAUAGUUAAGUUUUCAUUUUUUCCCUCUAUUUAGGAACACUUUUACAGCAUUGCCUUUCAAUGAAUACCUAAUUUUAUGGACAAGUAAGUUUAGGAAAUUAAAUAUGCAUCAAAAUACUUAUUUUUUCAUACUAAAAGUCAAAGUUGCAAUCACAAAUUUGACAAAAUUCAGUUUUCUAGUGAUAAAUCGGCAGGACAAUUUCAUGCAAUUAAUUUGUUAGCUUCAAAUUACAGAUUAAAACUUGCAAAUGUUAAAUUUCUAAACUCUGAUCUCAACUAUAGUUUACACUCAAGAACAAGAAGUUAGACUUUCCUUAGAUCUGAUCUUCAAUGAAUUCCAUAGGAUAGAUUAUCUGUGAUUAAUGAAAUAUCUCAACAUAUCAACAUGAUGUAAUAUUUUAUCAUAAUAAGUAAACUAGUAUUGUUUGGUAAAUCUGUUGUCAUUAUAUGUACAAAACUGAAAUACCAGGGAGAUUAUACUUUGUAACUUGUUUAUAUUUAAAUCAUGUUUUAAAAAAAAAUACAAUAGGCUUGUCUUUUUAUUGUUGUUAUUUUUAUAUAAGGAAAUAUAUCUGUCUCAUAAUAUUAGAACAAGACAAAAAUUUGUAAAAUAUUUAUUGUGCAUACAUGUAUGUACUUUUUGCCAUUCAGGAAUUUUGUAAACUUUUCUAGAAGGAUUUGUUUCUAAAUCCUUUAUACUUUUAAAUUGGUGCAUCAACUAUUUUUUAUUUUUUACUUCCAUUUCUUGAGGUGAUGCUUGCUUAGCCUUACUUAAGCAAAUCAAAACUAAUCUGUCAUUUUAUAAGAAUAGCUAACAUAACAUUAUGUCUGAUCUUUUGCCAUCUGUAGAUAUAAGAAUGUUCUCACAUAUAAAUUUAAAUAAAAAUACUUGAUAUAGGAGGGUCUGGAUGGGGUUUAUAGAAUAGAGAAUAAUGGCAACUAGUGCAGAAUAAAGGGCAAAAAAAAUAAAGAAUAGAGAAAAAUUACCUUUUAAAUGAAAUGAAAGAAUCCCCAUCCAGACCUUCAUAUAGCAGUAAUAGAGAAACAUGACAAUUAGAAAAUUUAUUUUGAAUACCAUCAACUGUUUUUAAACAACCAGCAAAUAACUUCUUGAACUCAUGUUCUUCGAGAUAACAUAGGUUUGAUGGAAUAUUAUGCUACAAAUAUAUUUGAGAUUUUUAUGUGGUGUGCCAAAGAUUUGUAUAUAAAUCAGAAAACCAUUAUUACUUUUGUGUCAAACAUUAAGACAUAACUGAUUAAGAAAGAAUACUUUUGCUAUAUUAAGAUCUAUUAAACUGGCAAAAUAGGAUUUGCUUAGACAUAUGUGUCAUUUAUGGAUGCUGCAAAAUUUAAAAGGGGUAAUGGUAUUCCCUGUGGAAAAGGGGUUAGGGUGCUUUAGACAAGUUGGUUAAUUGUUAUGCAAUUUGAAAACAAAACAUUUUAAAUGCAGUUGAAUGCAUGUUUUAUAGCAAGGUUUUCCCAAGAUAUUUUUAAGAGUAUGAAGUUUUAAAGACGGCAAUUUUGUUUAAGACAAAAAGUAAAAUUAUAAUAGGUCUAGGCUGUUUUAAUUUACUGUUGUUUUUUAAAUGAUUUCAAAUAUUCUUCAUUCUCUGAAGAAAUGAGAUUUGUAAAGUGUGUAUCAUUUUAGAAACAUAUUUUUAUAAAAUUUAUUUUAUAAGUUUACCCCUUAAGUGAACUUGGGACAACAAGGGAAAAAAACAUCUUUCCAAAUAACAUCAGAAUUUAUUUUAGAUUUUGUUUUCAAUAACCAUUUUCAUAAAAUGAUAUUGGCCACCUUUUAACAGAAUAAAGGUAAAAGAAACAGUACAGUGUACAUACAUAUCAUUCCACAAUAUUUUCUUGUGAUGUUUUUGUUGUUUUAUGUAUGUUAUCAUUCAGUACCAAUUAUUUAUUAGAUGUAAAUGUGUUUUUAUAUGUGUUGUGUUUUUUAACUGGUUUCAUUCCAUCUUAUAUUUAUUUAGUAUCUUUUAGAAUCCUUUUUAUAGGAUUUGCAAUAAAAUUUUAGAAAUGAU